AUGAAAUCCUCGGUUUUCGCUAUCCUACUGCUCGUCGCAGGCGCCUUCGCCUUCCCCAAGGUUGACGACAGCUCAAGAUUAUCAGGUGCCGUAGAAGAUCGGAUCGAGACUGGUAUUAAAAGAUUGAGCGCGCUAAUUAGACUCCUUGGUUUAGAUCCUCUAGAAAUUGUGGAAUCCGAAACCGUUUUUGCACCUCUCCCAGGAAUCUUCGAAGGCAGAGUCUUUGGCAAUGACAUAAGCUUCUCCGGUGGCAGCAAUAUCGCUAUCAACUAUUUGGAUUAUAACGUUUUGCUAUCAAGACUGAGGUUCGAGUUCUCUCUCCCUGAACUUGUUUUGAAUAUUGGUAACGCCGGAGUAGAUAUUAUAUUGCUUGAUAAUAUUGACAGUGUAAGACUCAGUGGCAGUCUCGCUGUCAGAGGUAUUACUCUUGGUGGUGAAAUUGGCUUCAAUUUAGACUGGGAUGGCGUUAGUGUUCGCACCAUCACCAUUGACAUGCGCUUCGGCAGAACUGAAUCUAACCUGACACUCGUUGCGUUGAACAAGGAUUUAUCAGAGUUCCUGAACACACUUCUUGGAGUGCAAAUUCCUGAUUCCUUGGAAAGAUUCGGGGUGAGAAAU